GAGCCGAGAGUGUACGGUCGACACCAGUCGAGAAACCAGCUGGGACGUGAGGCUAACGUUGGAACGCCUCUAUACAGAAUUCGGAACGAAUUUGUGCGAGUCCGAUCAAAGCAACCAGUGUAUCGCAAGUGCGUACACUAGGCCAAAUCGAGUUUACUUAAGAAGUCGUGAAAUCCACUGAUACUGCUAGAUUAAAUACAACUCGUUAUUCACCGAACGACGAAUAAUUUUGAGGUGUAUUCGCGGUGAUGUCAAGUGCCGCGAAAUCAUGAUUUUCGCACCUUAGAACGAACUUUUCUUCUCGAAAUCGAGUGUCUGGAGCUGAAGGUGCAUCGCGUUAAAGAACGUGUUGGUUUAUAAUUCGAUAUUUUUGACGUACGGUCGCCCGAGAUCGGGAAAAAUGUAUUCCGAUGGUCACGAGGUGGACGGCAGCUGGGUGCUGCGUGUUUAUGUGACCGAUCUUCAAGUGGAGAGGAGCUUACGAGUAAAAGGAGAAUUGCACAUCGGCGGUGUCAUGCUUCGACUGGUUGAAGAUCUCGAUAUCGCCAUGGACUGGUCGGAUCACGCGUUAUGGUGGCCCGAGAGGAAUCACUGGCUCACCAGAACGAGAAGCACUUUGGAUCAGUAUGGUGUUGCCGCGGAUGCGCUUCUCCACUUCACACCGAUGCACAAAACUCUGAGAGUACAGUUGCCGGACACGCGUUGCCUCGACUGCAAGGUCGACUUCUCCGUAAAGACGUUCAACGCCGUGAUUAAUCUGUGCAAGGAACUUGGUAUCAGACAUCCAGAAGAAUUAUCAUUUUGCAAACCGCUUGAGUCGAAUCACUUGAAAUAUAAUUUGAAAGAUCUUCCGGCGAAGAAGAAAAUCGAGAAUCAAAAGAACGGCCAUUGGAACGUCCCCGCGGACACGAACACGUUCAUUCCAGUGAGUCAGAGUCCCAGAGGAUCGACGGGCAGUCUGGACCAAAGCAGCCCUUUCAUGUGCGCGCCGGUCACACCCAACAACAGAAAUCACAGCACGCCGAUCAGCUCGCCCGUCUCGCAAACCGGUACCUGGAAGAGGAACAACAACUCGUCGGGUUUUGGUAGCACCGGAUCGUUCAACGCCAACAAUAGCACUAUGAGUCUUGAGGUAUUGAACGGUGGGCUGUCCGAGUCUCUAGCCCAGAGUCCGACCACCAUCUCACCGGAGGUACGGGCAAAAUUGAUCAGGCCGAAGAACCUCGUGGAACGCGCCAGGAUGAACGUGGCCUGGCUCGAUUCGUCCUUGUCGAUCAUGGAACAGGGAAUACGCGAAUUCGACACCCUGAGGCUGAAAUUCAAGUUCUACUCCUUCUACGAUCUGAACCCGAAGACGGACGCUGUCAGGAUCAACAUGAUUUACGAGCAGGCCAAAUGGCAGCUGCUCGCCGAAGAAAUAGACUGCACCGAGGAGGAAAUGCUCAUGUUCGCUGCGCUGCAGGUGCAAGUGAAUCUUCAGGCGAGCGUACCGCAGCCGAGUUACGACAGCAAUGGCGCCUCCUCUCCGGUCGAGGACGACAUUGACGCUGCCUUGACGGACCUUCAAGUCACUUUAGAGGGCAGUAAUAUUAGUAAUGGCCCCAGCGACAUCACCCAGGUGCCCGAGUUGUGCGACUACCUUCGCUUUUUGAAGCCGAAGCGUUUCACCUUGAAGGCAUUUAAGCGCUACUGGGUCACGUGCAGGGACCUUCAGCUGAGGCUAUACAAGAGUCGGGAGGAGACGAAUAGCACCGAGUCGCCUGCCCACGUGAUCAAUUUGCGUGGAUGCGAGGUCACGCCCGAUGUCCAUCUCUCGCAAGGUCGUUACGGGAUCAGGUUGGAGGUGCCCAGUGCCGAGGGCAUGACCGAGAUGUGGAUCAGAUGCGACAAUGAACAACAAUAUGCGAAAUGGAUGGCGGCGUGCAGAUUAGCGGCGAAGGGGCGUUCUCUCGCAGACGCCUCUUACGAAAGCGAGGUAAACAGUAUCACGGCUUUCUUGCAAUUGCAAAGGCCCGCCCCUGCACCUGCGAUCAAUCCCAGCGCUCUUGAUAUUGUGCCCGAAGAUUACGUCGCGCCUAGAUUCGCAAAGAAGUUCAAAGGAAAGCUGGUUCAGAGGAUUUUAGAGGCACACGCUAACGUGAAAGAUCUGCCUCUAAUCGAGGCCAAACUGAACUACAUUAAAGCGUGGCAAUCUCUUCCCGAGUAUGGGAUCUCUCUGUUUGUGGUUAGAUUCGCUGGAAAGAGUAAAGACGAACUGUUGGGGAUCGCUAAUAAUAGGCUGAUGCGGAUGGAGCUGCACAGUGGUGAUCACUUGAAAACUUGGAGAUACAAUACGAUGAAGGCAUGGAACGUAAACUGGGAAGUAAAACAUAUGAUGGUUCAAUUCGAGGAAGAGAAUAUUAUCUUUGAGUGCCAGUCUGCAGACUGUAAAGUCGUUCACGAAUUCAUUGGAGGAUAUAUAUUCUUGUCGAUGCGAUCGAAAGAGGCGAAUCAAACGUUGAACGAAGAGAUGUUCCACAAACUGACCGGUGGAUGGGUUUAGAUACCAGAGGAAAAAUAUUUCAUUCGAUAAACCUGCGACACUUAUCGAAGUGUUAAAUUGUUUGUUAUUCGUGAGAAAUGGAAACUCUGAUCUGAGAAACAACGCCAUACGUUGGCUGACAUUUGUAAAAAAUACUUAAAUCUAUAUCUAGACGUUUUAUUAUAGUAUUUGUAAAUAGAGAAAUUGUAUCGUCUGUAUACAACUGUUGCUCUCGUGAUGAGUGCAUCUUUUAUUUCACAUAGGAAAUGACUUAUUCUUGGCGAAUUAAUCAUUCGCUCGAAGUACGAAAUAAAAAGGGUGAUUCAUUGCAACCUCGAGAUAAAAAAUCGUUUGUAAAGCAACACGCGCAUAAUAGCGUAUUAUUUUAUAUUUUACAAAUGAAACACGCACAAAAUCGACCAGAGUAAACCACGCCUUCUGUACACGCGAUGCUGAUAAUCCAGGCCACGAACGGAUUAAUAUUUUUACAAGGAUAAGCAUGUUAUAUUUGAGUUGCCCUCUAGACUCAACCUCACUAGAGAUUGUUCUUUAUGAUUUUUUCGAUCGCCCAGAUCAAUCUCUCUCAGGCAAAAUAUACGUGUACGUGUAGUUUUAACAUGAGAGGGUGCUAUGCCGGGCGAGAUUGACACAGAAGCGAGGAUAUAUUAAAUCGUGUAAAUUAUUUGUUGUUUUAGUGUAAACUAUAUAUAUUAAAUAUAUUUACUUGUACCGUUACUUAUUACCUACUUAUAUUAUGUCACGUUACCGAACGUGUAAUCAAAAAUUAUAGUUUUGUAUAUUAAUAGAUGCUAGUUGUACAAUAAACUUAAUUAUUAUCA